UCCCUACACUCGGGCUCCGGGUGCCGGUGCCCCCUCAGUGGUCUCCCAGCCAGGAGGACACUCCUCUCCCUCCCUCCCCCAGGGCCGCCAUUGGCCCUGCUCCCCGCUUUAUCCCACACUGCACCGCGUGGCGCGUCAUUGAAUGGAGCCCAUGAUGGCGGCGCUGGGUGCGAGUGAAGUGAUCGCCCAGCUGGAGAGCGCUGCCAAAGUUUUAAUGGCUCCGCCAUCCAUGGUAAAUAAUGAACAACGGCAGCAUGCAGAACACAUAUUCCUCUCCUUUAGAAAAUCAAAGUCGCCAUUCGCCGUAUGCAAGCACAUAUUGGAAACUAGUAAAGUGGAUUAUGUACUCUUUCAAGCCGCCACGGCGAUAAUGGAAGCUGUUGUAAGAGAAUGGAUCCUCCUGGAGAAAAGUAGCAUUGAAUCACUCCGAACAUUCCUUUUAACUUAUGUCUUACAGAGGCCGAACCUUCAGAAAUACGUGCGGGAACAGAUCCUCUUGGCGGUAGCGGUCAUAGUGAAGCGAGGAUCUUUAGACAAAUCAAUUGACUGCAAGAGCAUUUUCCACGAAGUCAACCAGUUAAUCAGCAGCGGCAACCCCACAGUACAAACGCUGGCCUGUUCCAUAUUGACGGCACUUCUCAUAGAGUUUUCCAGUUCGAGUAAGACCAGUAACAUCGGCCUCAGCAUGGAGUUUCACGGGAACUGUAAAAGAAUAUUUCAGGAAGAGGAUCUCCGGCGAAUCUUUAUGUUAACGAUAGAAGUUCUACAGGAGUUUAGCAGACGGGAGAACCUCAACGCUCAAAUGUCCUCCGUAUUCCAGCGAUAUCUUGCACUAUCCAACCAGGUUUUAAGCUGGAACUUUCUGCCUCCAAACUUGGGCAGACAUUAUAUAGCUAUGUUCGAGUCCUCCCAAAAUGUGAUGCUGAAGCCAACAGAGUCCUGGCGUGAUACCCUCUUGGACAGCCGAGUAAUGGAGCUGUUCUUUACAGUUCACCGGAAAAUCCGAGAAGAUUCAGACAUGGCUCAGGACUCUCUCCAAUGCCUGGCCCAGCUCGCGUCUCUCAACGGACCGAUCUUUCCUGAUGAGAGGUCUCAGGUUGAUUACUUGGCACAUUUCAUUGAAGGAUUACUUAAUACAAUUAAUGGGAUAGAAAUAGAAGAUUCGGAAGCGGUGGGAGUUUCCAAUAUAAUCGGCAAUUUAAUAACCGUUUUCCCACGCAACAUUCUGACUGCCAUUCCUAACGACCUUUUUUCGUCUUUUGUGAACUGCCUAACCCACCUCACGUGUUCUUUUGGAAGAAGUGCCGCCCUGGAGGAAGUACUUGACAAGGAUGACAUGGUGUACAUGGAAGCUUAUGAUAAGCUGCUAGAAUCCUGGCUCACAUUGGUGCAAGACGAUAAACAUUUCCACAAAGGCUUCUUCAUCCAGCAUGCCGUCCAGGUGUUUAACUCUUAUAUCCAGUGCCACCUAGCGGUCCCUGAUGGCACGCGGAACUUGACUGCCAAUGGUGUCGCCUCCCGGGAGGAGGAAGAAAUAAACGAAAUACAAGAAGAUGAUCGAGACUUGUUUUCUGAUCAGCUGGCCAGUGUGGGCAUGCUGGGGAGAAUAGCAGCAGACCACUGCAUACCUCUGCUGACCAGCUUGUUAGAGGACCGAGUGACGAGACUUCAUGGGCAGCUACAAAGGCACCAGCAGCAAUUAUUGGCCUCACCGGGGCCGGGCUCUAUAGAUGAUAAUAAAGUGCUGGAUGACCUGUAUGAGGACAUUCACUGGCUUAUUUUAGUUACAGGCUACCUCUUAGCUGAUGAUGCUCAGGGCGAGACUCUAUUAAUACCUCCAGAAGUAAUGGAAUAUUCAAUUAAACAAUCAACAGAGGUUGACAUCAACACAACACUGCAGAUCCUGGGAUCUCCUGGAGAGAAGGCGUCAUCUAUACCAGGAUGUAACAGGACAGACUCUGUUAUCAGGUUACUCUCGGCUGUCUUGAGAGCAUCAGAAGUAGAGUCUCGAGCAACAAGGGCGGAUUUAACACAUCUACUAAGCCCCCAGAUGGGGAAGGACAUUGUCUGGUUUCUUAAACGCUGGGCGAAGACUUACCUCCUUAUGGAUAAAAAACUGUAUGACCAGAUCAGCCUGCCGUUAAACACAGCGUUCGGGGCGGACACAGAAGGGUCCCAGUGGAUAAUCGGUUAUCUUCUGGAGAAAGUGAUCAGUAAUCUGUCUGUGUGGAGCUCUGAGCAGGAGCUGGCUAACGACACUGUCCAGUUACUGGUUGCCUUGGUAGAAAGGAGAGAGAGGGCGAAUUUGGUCAUACAGUGCGAGAACUGGUGGAACCUGGCCAAGCAGUUUGCACGGCGGAGUCCUCCCCUACACUUCCUGUCUAGCUCAGUGCAGAGGACGCUCAUGAAAGCGCUAGUCCUCGGAGGCUUUGCUCACAUGGACUCAGACACAAAACAGCAGUACUGGACAGAGGUUCUGCAGCCUCUACAGCAGCGCUUUUUGAAUGUAAUAAACCAAGAAAACUUCCAGCAAAUUUGCCAAGAGGAGGAGGUGAAGCAGGAGAUCACAGCCACGCUGGAAGCCCUCUGUGGCAUAGCUGAGGCCACUCAGAUAGACAACGUGGCCAUCCUCUUUAAUUUCCUAAUGGACUUUUUAACUAACUGCAUUGGCCUCAUGGAAGUCUACAAGAAUACCCCAGAGACUGUGAACCUUAUUAUAGAAGUUUUUGUAGAAGUUGCACAUAAACAGAUUUGUUACCUUGGAGAGUCCAAAGCCAUGAAUCUGUAUGAAGCAUGCCUGACGCUGCUGCAGGUAUAUUCCAAGAACAACCUGGGUAGAAAGCGAAUAGAUGUAACUGCGGAGGAGGAUCAGUAUCAGGACCUCCUGCUCAUCAUGGAACUUCUCACUAAUCUGCUGUCAAAGGAGUUUAUAGACUUCAGCGACACAGAUGAAGUUUUUCGACCGCAUGAGCAGGGACAAGCAGCAAACAGACCGGUUUCUGCGGCAGAUGUAGUUUUAUAUGGUGUAAAUAUUGUGCUGCCGUUAAUGUCACAAGAUCUGCUAAAGUUCCCGUCACUUUGUAACCAGUACUACAAACUGAUCACUUUUAUAUGUGAGAUUUUCCCUGAGAAGAUUCCUCAACUCCCAGAAGACCUGUUCAAGAGUCUGAUGUAUUCUCUUGAGUUAGGGAUGACCUCAAUGAGCUCGGAGGUGUCCCAGCUCUGUCUGGAGGCAUUAACCCCAUUAGCGGAGCAGUGUGCGAAGGCCCAGGACACAGACUCCCCGCUGUUUGCAGCAACCAGGCACUUUCUAAAGCUGGUCUUUGACAUGUUGGUCUUGCAAAAACACAAUACAGAAAUGACGACGGCCGCAGGGGAAGCAUUUUACACGUUGGUCUGCUUAAAUCAGGCGGAGUAUGCAGAGUUGGUAGAAACACUAUUAUCCAGCCAACAGGAUCCUCUCAUUUACCAGCGCUUAGCUGAUGCCUUCAACAAACUAACAGCAAGCAGUACCCCUCCCACUCUUGACCGAAAACAAAAAAUGUCCUUCCUGAAGAGCUUGGAGGAGUUCAUGGCCAACGUUGGUGGUCUCCUCUGUGUGAAAUGAGAGGGCCAAAGUCGAAACACUCUCUGCAAAAAUGCACUGAACCUGCUGAUGGCUGUCCCAACCCCUGCUCCCCAGGCUUACAUAUGCAUCUCUGGGUGGUAUUAAAGAACACUUAUUUAAGUUAAUAGGGGGAGGGGGACCCUACAAGAUGCAUCAGCUGUUGAACUGUACAUGAAGCACAGUGUUGUGCUGUAACGGAUGAAUGGGUAAACCUAUUUUUUUAAGAAGUUUCCACAUGCCUGCAAACAGAUAAUGGGCACACCUGUUCUUUGCAGUGCCUUUUCCCUUCCAUCGCCCUCUGGCCAGAAGUGUGCAUUGCCUGACAAAUGGUUUUUAUAGAAUAUUUUUCCAUUUUCUUUGAGAAAAAUGUUAGACUGAAUGUGCAAUCGAUGCUGUCGUACAGAGGUGUCUACACACGUGUCCUCCCUCUUCAUCUCUCUUCUUCCCGCAGCCACUACCUUUCCUUGGCUUCUGAUUACGUCAAUACACCAAAUGGCAUUUUUUUUUUUUUUUUAAACAACAAAAUGUAUUAAAAACAUUGUGGGAUUAUUUUUGUGUACGUGAACCAAGCAUUGCAUGUUUUUAUAUAUAUUUUUUGUUUCUUAUUUGCGGGGCAGGGGGGUAUUUUUAUUUUAUUUUUUCCCUACCCGGUUUCGUCCUGAAGUCCAGAAAGAAAAGAGAAAAAUAUAUAUAUUUUUUUUGUUUUAGAAUUAAUUGAAUUGUCACCAUUUCAUUGCCUUACAAAAAUGAGGAGAAAAGAGAAUUUGUAUGUGUGUGUAUAUAAUAUGUAUAUGGGUUUUGGUGACCCACCCAAAGCUGAUUUUAGCACUCUACACAGUGUGUUUCUGGCCUUCAGCACCUAUGUAGAACAUACAAACCAUGCACUGUUUUCUGGGGGUCAUCUGGAUGAACGUGUCAUGCGAGUAUAUGUUGGAAAUGUUUUGCACACCCCAGGCACGGCUAUUAAUUGUUUUUCUUUUCUCUCGUUUGUUUUUUAUAUAAUUUUAUUAAACUCUCCGUUGGACUGUUAGUUUCAGCAAUACAGAUAUGAGAGGGUGUAAAGUGCCGAUUUGUACACGAUAUUUUUUUUUUAUUAUUUUUUUUUGUUUCAGUUGGGGCAUUAGGUGAUGCAAAUUAUGCUGUCUGGUCAUAUGUUUCCAGUGUGUCAGUUUCUUUUCUUUUUUUAAAUUUGUAUAAAAUGUACAGUAUAAACAGCUCAAAUUCU